UCUUCUCGCUCUUCCAACGGCCGGCAACAACAACAACCCCACCCCCACACACAACCCGCACUAAACUCAGCCCUUCUAUGCACCUUUCAACACCGCCGAAUACCCCCCUUUCGGCAAACAAGCACCUCAUCCUUCUUUCUGGCACCUCUCCCCACUCGCUACCGCCUCUUACAACCUCUUCAAGAUCACUUGUGUGAAAAAGCACGCUAAGCAGACAUGGCCAUCUUCUUUUGGAGAAAGCAGCAGCUAGACGACGAACAGAUCCUCGCCAGCCUAGACCGCCAAAUCCGCCGCACAGAGGUCCGCGUCUCCUCUAUCCGUCAACGGCAUCAACGGAUCAAGCAUGCGUGGCUUUAUUACUCUGUCUCAAUCUAUGUGUUUGUGCUCGUGCUGUAUUUUACGUAUUUGAAGCCACGACGGGAUCCGUGGGAUAUUUGGCUGGUCAAGACGGGGGUUGUGGUCGUGGGGGCGCCGGGCAUCUACUUUGGGAACCGUUUUAUCCGGUACUGGUACCAACGGAAAGAAAAGGCUGAACGGGAUUUAUUGGAAAGUCUGAAAGCGAAACAAAAGGAGAAGGUCGACGCACUGAAAGAGAAUGAGGCGUAUCGGAAGACACAGCUGUUGUUGCAGCGAUAUGACACACCGACGAAGGAUCGGCCGGCUGGGGAUGAACUUGUGGACGCAAAGGGACAUAGCCGCCCGACGACUCCUUUACCGUUCCCGCCGUCUCAUAUCAAAAUGGGGCAGCCGUCCAAACAAAUGGGACCACCUAGUCUUGCGCCGCCGGGUACACCAGGAAUGGCGCCUGUACCAGGAAAACAAAUAGACAACCCAACGCAAACCACACGCUCCCCAUCCCCGUCCCCAGCCUUCCUCUCCAUCCCACCCUUCGACCCCACCCAACUACCAAACCGAUCAGACUCACCCUUACCCCCACCACCAACACCCACGCCCCAACACCCGUACGCCAAAACAUGGUUCGACAAAGUAAUCGACGUGAUGAUCGGCGAGACGAACGACACAAACAGCCCGGCGAGCAAGUAUGCGUUGAUUUGCGAGGAGUGUUUUACGCAUAACGGGUUGGUGCCGGCUGAGGCUUAUUCUGAUGCGCGUACGUAUGAGAUAUCAUUUUUUUCGUUCGUCCCGUUUCCUUUUCUUCCGCCUGGGGGUGUGGUCCGUUUCCUUUCCUUCCGCCUGGGCGUGUGUUGGGGUGAUGUAAGACCAACGAUGACGUUUGUUGAGUUGAAUUUAUGUUUUCACCGUAGGCUUCCGCUGCAUGCGCUGCGACCACCUCACCAUCCCCAAACGCUACGCCAGCAUGAUCUCCCCAUCAAACCUCUCCCCGUCCCAGUCCAUCCCCAGCGACCUCAACACCGCCAGUCCGCGGCAUACACCCCCUCCACCCGGGGGGGACGGCGGCCACGUUGCGUUUGCGGACAGUGCGAACGGGAGUGGAGGGAUGAUGUAUAUGAAUCCGAAACUGUCGCAGAGCCAGCCCGCGUUCUUUGCGCCCAGGCAUAGUGUGAAUCCGUUGGAGGGCCCGCCGCCUGCUGCUGGUGCUGCGCGGUCUGCACCCGGACACCGAACGGAGAAUACGGGCGUUGGCGAGGAGGAGGAGGAGGACAUCGCCCCGCCUGCGUCUGGACCGGAACAACAACUACACCACGAACAGGAAGCGGCUGCUACGCCGACACCCCCGUCUUCCCAGCCCCAACCGCAACAACAGACGGAAGAAGACGGAGGGACGGGAAUGAGACGUCGGCCGAACGAGAAAAGGGGCGGCCGCGGGAGGAAGGCGGGCAAGGCGGGGAGGAGGCAGGAGGGAACGGGGACGGGGACGGGGACGGAUAGUGAGCGGGAGGGUGCUGUGGAGUGAUGUGGGAUGAGAGGCGGUAGAAAGCAAAAAAAACGUACGGAGAGACCCCCCCCCCCCCCCC